UAUGUUUGCUCUGUUUAUGCAUUUCCUAAGCCUUUGUUUAGUCAUGGUAUGAGAAUGGAGGCACAUGAUCUGCAGGACAAAUGCAGCUCUGUCACCAUUGCUGGACGUCCAGAAUCCGUGUCUAGGUCUCGGCCUAUCGAAUCGGUUGCUCGGUCGGUGGCGGCGGCGGAAAGGGUGAUUCCGAAGGAGUCUGCAUGCGGCGGCAUUGGGGUGGUGGAGAGAGUGGUGAAGAGAGAGGUGGCCGGAAGGCAGUGGGAGGAAGCAAAGUGGUUGGACUUGUGUGAGUUCAGCGAGGAGGUCGGUGGGAAGGUGAUGGAGGAGUUGGUCCAAGACUUGCUGUUUGAAUUAUCCUGCCGCUAACAAAUGUAAUUAGUUUUCUGUUUUUUCUUGGCCUAUACUUCUCUGCUCCCAACUAGAAAUAUGUUAAGCUCCUUUUUUCAUGAGCUUUCUUGCCUUCCGCUG